UGGCGGAUUUGAGCUUCCAUACUCACCGGAUCGUCGAGCAGACUGUGUUCGUUUGCAGUGACGGCGGGUAACGUCAGCCAGUCUGCUAACUUAAGUCGUUGGGAAGUUGACGGCAUAAAUAUCGGACUACUUCACAGCUAUCUUUUUACUUUUGUUAAAACGUCAGAGAUCCACAGAACAGAAAUGACUUCACAAAUCCGACAGAACUUCCACCAGGACUGCGAGGCUGCCAUCAACAGACAGAUAAACCUGGAGCUUUAUGCGUCUUAUGUUUAUCUCUCCAUGGCAUAUUAUUUUGACAGGGAUGAUAAGUCCUUGCCAAAUUUUGCAAAGUUCUUCAAGGAACAGUCCAAAGAAGAGCAGGAACAUGCAGAGAAGCUGAUGAGUCUGCAGAACAAGCGAGGAGGCAGAAUUUUUCUGCAGGACAUCAGAAAACCUGAUAGAGAUGAGUGGGGGAGCGGUCUGGAAGCUUUGGAGUGUUCCUUGCAGCUGGAGAAAAGUGUAAACCAAUCCCUGCUGGACCUGCAGAAAAUGGCGGCUGAGCACAAUGACCCUCAUAUGUGCGACUUCAUAGAAACACAUUAUCUGGAUGAGCAGGUCAAAUCUAUCAAACAGCUCGCUGACUGGAUAUCUAACCUGCGCCGCAUGGGAGCCCCUCAGAGCGGCAUGGCUGAGUAUCUCUUUGACAAACACACCAUGGCCGACGAGGGCAGUUAAACUGCAUAGAUGACACUGAUGAUCAUCUCCACUGCAUGCCGUCCUGCUCCCUGUCAUGUACUGCAUGUAUCACAGAUAACGCUGCUUUAUUUAUGUUGUCAAUCAAUUGCAGAAUUUGCACAAGGCAUAGAUAGCUUUCUAAACUAAUGUUUUGUAGAAAUAAAGACCAAGCAAACCUUUAAAUCCUUUAAAUUAGGCCUCAUACUUCCGUAUAUUUAACAGACUGUUCAGUGUUUUUCAUGUUUCCAAAGUACAGUUGCUAAAACUCUACAAUCUAAUGUCUGAGUUUGAAUUUAAAGUACAAGGAAAUUACAAAUGACAUGGAAACUUAUAGUUCUGGUUGUAAUAUUUUUUUAUAUAUGAAAUUAUUUUUAGAUGUAUCGUGAAAUCAUUUCAAGUUUUACUUUUUUACUUUACAAGCCUUUUUUUUAGCUGAGUGUUAAAUUGCAUUCCAUAUAUUUUUAAAAAUUUAUAAUCCACAAUUUUUCCUGAUUUUGCAACAAAAUAUUUGCGUCAUUAACGAUAUUUAAAGCGAUGAGAGUUCUCAAACCUGAACAUUUAGGCUAUCCAUCAUUGUAAUAGCCUUCAGUUUAAAAAUUGUUAAACUUAACUCAAACUUAAAUCAACUGAAACUGUGCAUAAAAGGAAACUUUGAAGAGUGAACAAAGGGACAAAUGAAUUGACAGGUUACAGACACAUUUAAUUAAAAGCUAUUGAAUUAAAGUGAUUUCAUUAUUUAAUUUCCACUUGGUCUAUCUGCUAUCGAAUGAUGAAUUAAAAGUCUCUCUUGUAAAUGGGAUCUUUAUCCCAGUGGGACUUCCCGGUAAAAUGCAGUAAAGGUGAAAAAAAAGUAGAUAAAAAAUCAUUAUCUUCUCAACACGAUGUGGAGGGAAAAUUGGGUGAAGUUUUUUUCUUUUUGCAAAACAUUUGUGGAGCAUCAGAGCAUUUUCCUAAACUGAAGUGUGAGGUUGUUUAAAAAUGUAAAAAAUAAAAA